AGAAAUUUAGUCAAGUUACCUCCCUUUUAUCUUAAAACGUCAUUACGAUGUGAGAUCUGCAAAACGCUUCAGGUUGUGUGCUUUACUUGUAAAAUAAAGUUACUUGUAAUGUAUGGACAAUGUUUGAGAUAUCUCAGCAAGGGAAGUUGGUGAUUCUAGGUAUUGGUAUUCCUACAACACUUGGUCUACUGUAUUACCUGCUGAAAAGUUCAUCAGAAGAUGAAUAUGAUGAAGUAGCUAGUGGGAAAUCUUCGGUGGCAACAGCGACUUCACGACAAACUGUAAUUGAGCUACAGGUUCCCCGUAAAGCUGUUGGAGCAGUGAUUGGUCGACAAGGUGCUACAAUUAAAGAGAUUCAAGAGCAGACAGGGGCUAGAGUGAAUUUCAAAGAAGACUCAAAGUUUGAAGAUGCAGACAGAACUGUCAUCAUCCGGGGCACACCAGAAUCGGCUCAAUCUGCUGAGUGCCGAAUACGCCACAUCCUGGCCAAUAUGCCUGUAAUGGUACAGUCCGAAAUGGAAGUGCCCAAAUAUGCUCUAGGAAGAAUUAUUGGUAGAGGAGGUGAAAGCAUUCGCCACAUGUCACGGGCAUCACAGACCAAAAUUCUUAUAGAUAAAACAAGGAGUGGUUCUCAUGACAAACCUCAAAUUAUCACCAUCGUUGGCUCACAAGACCAGAUCAUUGUUGCUAAGAGUCUGAUUCAAGAGAAGCUUGAUGAGGAAGAAGAAUUUAGAGCAAGAUCAGCUGUGUCUGCUGCCAACAGAGAAACUAGACAGAAAGAUUUUAAAAACAACCAAUCAAAUGACAGAAUGACGCAUUCUGCAAACAGUAAAGACCCAGUACACACUGAUAAUUGUGAAAGUUACAAUACUGAGACUAUUGAGAGUAAAGACUUGUACACAUACACUGGGUUUCCUAAGGGGAGAGAUUUUGUGGAGGUAUAUGUUUCUGCCAUAGCAACACCUGGUCAUUUCUGGGUACAGGUUAUAGGUGCGAUGGCUUUAGAGUUGGAUAAGCUGUCAGAUACCAUGACUCGGUUCUACAAUAGUGAAGGACAGAAACAACUGCUGCCAUCAGUUGUGAAGGGAGAUAUUGUUGCAGCGCCAUUUGAAAAUGACCGGACCUGGUACAGAGCUAAAGUGAUGGACAUAAAAGAAUAUGAGCUGGAUUUGUUCUACGUAGAUUAUGGAGACAGUGCCUAUAUGGAUUCCUCCCUAGUGAAGUCGUUAUGGUGAUUUUAUGUAUUUAUU